GAGAUUACUGCCUAAAGAACUUAUAUAUAUAUACACACACACACCGUGUGCUGUGUGGACGAAACAUUUUUCAAAAUCAAAUGAAUACAACAGUAUGCAAACUGCCAGAAUAUGUGGGAGGUGGAUAUUUCAGGUUAAGGGUUGAGUGGAAGCCUGAUAACUUUAAAGUUGUGUUGCUGCAAAAUGCAUCUGCAUGGAGUGGACAUGCAUCACAUGAUCACACUGAGCAGAUGAGUCAACUCCUGCAACUGUCUGUUAAAGAUUACAUUACUGAAACCAAAGUCGCUCUGUCCACACAAGGAGGGGCAAGUCACUUCACAUACGUGGUUGAAGACGGCCAGUUCAUGUGGAAGAAACUGGACCAGCUCUCCAACAUCAAGAUAAAAUAUGGAUGCAUACAAUUGGCAGAGACUCCAUAUCAUGAAGCAGCAGAACAGAUGUUGGAUUCAUUGUUGGAGCAAUGUUGCAGUGUCAAGACAGAAGUUACCAGCCUGCAGGAGACUAACAUAAUAGCAACACAGGAGAGGACUGUCUUGAUGAAGAAACUGGUGGAGUACAAGAAGCAGAAGCUGGAGAUGGAAAUGCGUCUGUUCGGCCAGUUUCUGGGAGUACUCAAUAGCAAGAAGGAGUACAUUCAGCAGUUGGAAAACGGGCUUCCUGCUGCAACAAACAAGAAUAGUCACAAACCAGUCCAGCAUGAAGGCAGUGCCAAAGAAGUGGAGGACAGCAGCCCCCAGGGUAAUGUUGAUGAUCUAUUUGAUGAUAUGAGAAAGCCAGUCAGCGUCAUACCAAAGCGCAUAAGCCGUCCUAAGAGGCACGGCUCGGAGGCAGCGGCCGGGCCGAGUUCGCGGAAAGUGACCAGAGCCGCAGCGGACGGCGAACAGUCCGAUACAAGGUGCUUGUUAGACGACUUUUAGUCGGACGUGAGAAGCGUCACUUCCGUGACACCAAUAAGCAAAGCAGAAGGUAUCGGGGCAAAACAUGAACCAUGAAAUAAACUGAUUCUUUAUUAGUUCAGAUGAA